UUCUGCGUUUCGCUCCUCUGCAGCUCCAUGCUCUGAGAAGCCGAGAGCUACUCUAAAAAUCAUAGUUUAGCAAUAUGGCUCUCAAUUCGACUCAAUGCCAUCUUCGCAAUUUGAUUCUCACUCUUCAGCUGCUAUUUUCUUGUCCAUUGGGCAUUCACUGUGCUGAUGAACUGAAAACUGACAACACCUUUACUGUUUCCAGCUUCAGCUACCCUCGUACCACGCUUAAGCCCUUUGAUUUGCGGUACAUCAGAGUUGAUUUGCCACAAUGGUUUUCUGCUGCGUCCAUAGCCCUGAACUCAGAUGUUGACCUUGAUGCCUCAACAAUUGAAAGGGUUUCAAAAAGCGUACUGCCAAUAAUAUGCUUUAGAGAUGGAAGCCCUCCAUUACCAGAUGCAUUGAACACUACUCUGAAAGAUCCGGCCAUUUCAGGAAUGAAUGGUCUUGAUGUGGAGCAGUGCUUUCCCAUGCGUAAAAACUUCACUAUGAAAUUGACAAAUGAGCAGAUAUCUCCAGGCAUUUGGUACAUUGGCCUUUUCAAUGGCAUUGGAGCGACAAGCACACAGUCAAAGAUGAUUAUCCGAGGCCCAGCAUACUCAUUUAGUGCCAAUAUAAGUGUCCAAGGAUGCACAAAUUCCAUGAUGAGGGGCACAUUCUGCAAUAGUACUGUCUAUCCACUUUCAUGCUCAAUCUCUGCUGCUUCAGAAGUGAACAAGUCAAUGGUGGAAAAUAUGGUGACCUGCAGAAAUAAUUUUGGAACUGUUUGUGUUCAGGAAGGUGCGCCAGAAUUAUAUUCCUUGGAUAUAAUGAAUAUGGUGGAAAAGAUGACCAUUAUGGCAGCAAAUGUCACAUUCCAAGUUACUCCUGUAAGUAGCACUUUUGGUGCAAAUGAUGCUAAUCUAAUGUGUUUUGCUCGGCAUGGAGCAAUACCUUCAGUAGCUUUGCAUGACUAUUCCUGUAAUUUAAAUAAAGGUCCUUUGGUCAUUCGUUCACCCCUUAUUGGUCGUUGGUACAUUAGUAUAAUUCCAGUUAAUCUUACAAAAAAUAUUGGAGAGGCACAGAAGAGUGAUGUAAGAGUUUGCUAUUCCGUGGAAUCACAAGUGCUUGAAUGCCCAUCUGGGAAAGCUGGACCAAAUUGUACAAUGGAAAGCUAUGUACUUCAGACAGUCCUAAGGAGAGGUUCAACCCCCUUUGAAUCAUAUUAUUUGCCCAUUGGACAAGUGCCCUCAGAUUCUGCUAAUUUUCCUCUUCAGCCACUAUUAAGCAAUUCAUCAUACGUAGGAGAACGUGAUAACACCUGGACUUACUUUCUUUUGGACAUUCCUCGCGGUGCAGCUGGAGGAAACAUUCACAUUCGACUAUCCUCUGAUUCAAAGAUCAGUUAUGAAGUAUAUGCCAGAUUUGGUGGAUUGCCGUCUCUUGACAAUUGGGAUUAUUAUUAUGCUAACAAGAUUAGGAGGAGUGAUCCAUCUAUGUUUUUCGUGCUAUAUGAAUCAAGUGAUGACAAGAUUGAUUUUUAUAUUAUCUAUGCUAGAGAAGGAACAUGGGGCUUUGGUUUAAGACAUAUUAAUACCAGUAUUGCUUCUUCAAAGGGACAGACCGUCAUGUCUCUUUCACUUGAAAGAUGCCCAAAGCGAUGCUCCUCACACGGGGUCUGCAAAUUUUCUUUUGAUGCAAGUGGACUAACAUCCUACAGCUUCUGCGCUUGUGAUCGAAACCAUGGGGGCUUUGACUGUAGCAUCGAAAUUGUGUCACAUCAAGGGCAUGUGAGGGAAUCAAUUUUUCUCAUUGUCUCUAAUGCUGCAGCCAUAUUGCCUGCAUAUUGGGCACUUCGGCGAAAGGCCUUUGCAGAGUGGAUUUUAUUCACAUCCAGUGGAAUUUCAAGUGCACUAUAUCAUGCUUGUGAUGUAGGCACGUGGUGUGCGUUGAACUAUAAUGUCCUACAGUUCAUGGACUUCUGGCUCUCUUUCAUGGCUGUGGUUAGCACUUUCGUUUACCUUGCCACCAUUGAUGAAGUAUUUAAGAGGGCAAUUCACACAGCCGUUGCUAUCCUUACAGCUCUGAUGGCUGCAACAAAAGCAACCAGGUCUUCGAACAUAGUUCUUGUAAUAGUCAUCGGAGGCGCUGGUCUUCUUAUUGGUUGGUUGAUAGAAAUCUCAUCGAAGUAUAGGUCUCUUUCCUUCUCAAUUGGAUUUUCAUUAAAUUCCAUUAACAGCUUGGAAACUAUAAAGCAACGGCUUUAUAAUCUCAUGAAGACGCUUCUGAGACGGUUCCGGUGGGGUUUCUUAUUGGCUGGUUUUGUAGCAUUGGCCAUGGCUGGAAUAAGCUGGAAGCUUGAAACUAGUCCGACGUACUGGUUUUGGCACAGCAUGUGGCACAUCACAAUAUACACAUCUUCUUUCUUCUUCCUUUGUUCGAAGGCAAAAAAUGUUGACAGUGAGAAUCAAUCACUCGAAAGUGGAAACUAUGCGCUGACUCCUCAAGAUUCACUUUCAAGAGGUAGGAGGUGAAGGUUUUCUAUGGAAUACAUAGGCUGCUGUAAAAAGGGUAGAUUAGAGGAUUUAAUUCCUGAGGAGACAUCAACGAAAGCGGUUUAUCGAUUGUACAUUCUUUUCUGUUUGAGAGUUGCUGCUAUAAUUCUUUCUUUCUUUUUGCCCAUAUAAUUAAUAAUUUUUGUUUAUAAAUGGGUCUUAUGUUCCGGGGUAGGAGAGUGAUUUAAAAAUGGGCAAGUUUAGUGGUAGGGAAAGAGGUUAUAGAUAAGAGCUUUUAUCAUGUAGUCAUCGUUUUUAAGAUACAACUUUUUUUCCCUAUGAAACCCUAUGUGCAAACAAAUUAUUCAAGUGCAGUGAGAGCUCUUCUCUUUUCUUCUUGUUUUUU